AUGGGUCCGAUAUUUGAGAGUGAUCUUAAGCCCGAAGCUCUAAUUGACCCACAGCUCUGCCAGGCGCUAGAGCUCUCAAUUGAGCUUAGAAUUAGGAGCUCCUACUCUAAGCCAGAACUCGGAAUUGAGCUUGCAAUUGAGAGCUCCUACUCUGAGCCAGAACUCGGAAUUGAGCUCGCAAUUGAGAGCUUACACUCUGAGCUAGAAAUUGGAAUUAAGCUUCGGCCACACCAUCUACUCACCUCUUCCAAACUACUGCCUUCAAAAUGCCUCGAGGCAGAACCAGAUACCAUCAACUGCCCACAAGACAACGUACACCCUCACCCUCACCCUCACCCUCACACACACCUCCACCCACGCCUAAACUCCAAACUCCUCACCGGCGCCUUCCUCAUCUUCCUCUCCCUCCUCAUCUUCCUCGCCAUCAUCAAAGACCUCCCCUGCCGCACCCCCUGGCCCGCCUACAAGCCUCUCCCUUCCGCAAGCACCUGGUUCGAGAGUUUCACUCCCCAUUCAACUCCUCGCACCCCUCAAAAAGCCAUUCGCAAAACACUCAAGACCAUCUCGGCCCUCAUCUUGGAGCUGAACCGCACCCUCACCACCACGUGCCCUGGGUGCGUCUGGCGCACCGCUAGCGGGGAAGUCUGUGUCAGGACGUUCUAUGAUGACGGAGAUGUUGUGCUGUUCGUCGUCGUGGGAUGGUUGAUUGUUACUCUUUGUAGUUUUGGGACGUGGGUUUUUCUAGGCGGGGUUGCGGAUAUUGCUCCUAACUUUGAGGCGCGGGUGGAGAACUGGGGGCUUGGGGGUGCGAGUGUGGUGGCUGCGGCUGUGGCGUUUGGGGGGCUGAGGGCCCGGUGGUAUUGGUGUGUUUUGUUUGUGCUGGGCGCGGCGUUUGGAGGUAUGGUGUUGGGUGUGUUUGUUACGCCGGAGAAACAGUUGGUGAAGUGGAAGGAGGAGAUGAGGGCUGAGGCGGAGAAUUUGGCGUAUGCGGAACGCCAGACGGGUAGAUGA